AUGUCUCAAAUAUCACAAAGUAUAGAUAAAUUCAAAAAUGUACCAGAUGAAUGUCCGGGAACAUCAUCACAAACUGCCGGUCAAGCAUCUAUAUGUAAAGGUUGUCCUAAUCAAGAAGCAUGUUUAACAAGGAAUCCAUUGCCCGAUCCUGAUAUUGAUUGUAUUAAAAAAAGGAUGGAAUCAAUUCAAAGAAAAAUUCUUAUUUUAAGUGGCAAGGGAGGAGUAGGAAAAAGUAUGUUUACAGCUCAAUUAGCAUGGUGUUUAUCAACCGAUAAAAAACAAGUAGGUAUUCUUGAUAUUGAUUUAUGUGGCCCAUCAAUUCCAACUAUAAUGGGUUGCAAUACCGAACGAAUUCAUUCAUCAGGCUCUGGAUGGACACCUGUAUAUAUAACAGACAAUAUUAGUGUUAUGUCAAUUGGAUUUAUGCUUCCAAGUGAGGAAGAUGCUGUUAUUUGGCGUGGAACUAAAAAAAAUGGCUUAAUUAAACAAUUUUUAAAAGAUGUUGAAUGGUCUGAUUUAGAUUAUUUAUUGAUUGAUACACCUCCAGGAACAUCAGAUGAACACAUGAGUAUAGUACAAUUUUUAAAAGAAAAUGGAAUUGAUGGUGCUAUACUUAUAACAACACCUCAAGAGGUUUCUUUACUUGAUGUUCGUAAAGAAGUAAACUUUUGCAGAAAAAUAGGAUUACCUAUAUUAGGAAUCGUUGAAAAUAUGAGUAUUUUUAUUUGUCCACAUUGUCAUAAUUCUUCACAUAUUUUUAAAGCAAAUACUGGCGGCGCUUAUGCUUUUUCAAAAGAAAUGGAUAUCAAUUUUCUUGGUGAAAUUCCUUUAGAUCCUAAAAUGCGAAAUGCAUGUGAUGAAGGUUUAAAUUUUAUGGAAGAAUAUCCUGAUUCACUUACAUCCCAAGCCAUUUUGAAGAUUGUUAAUGAACUGUCUCAAAGAUUAAACAGUUAA